CAUCGCAGCAUCGCAACCCCGUCCUCUGUCUGUUCGUCUGUUUGUCGACAUUGUCGUCCUCGUCCAUCCCACGCUCUCGUGCUGCCUCGCUUUGCUUCGCCUCGCACAUACCACGCAGCAAUAGCUAAAACGCUCUUGCCUCGCUCUCCUACCGCCCAUCUUUCGCCUCGCCUCGCCAACACCCCCACCAACCACAAUGGCAACGAUCACCGCCAAGCCGUUCCGCCUCGCGCUCCUCCAGCUCGCAGGCCUGAACGCAACCAAGGCGAACAACAUUGCCGUCGCGCGCAAGGCCGUCGCGACGGCCGCGGCCGCCAAGCCCAAGCCCGACCUCAUCGUGCUCCCCGAGAUCUGGAACUCGCCCUACGCGGUGACCGCGUUCGCGCAGUACUCUGAGCGCGUGCCCAACGUCAAGGGUGGCAAGGAGGUGGCUGGCUCCGAGCCUGAGGGCGAGAGCAUCACGGCGCUGAGGGAGAUGGCGCGUGAGGCGGGCGUCUACUUGAUCGGCGGCUCGAUUCCCGAGCGCGAGGACGGAACGGAUAACAUCUACAACACGCUCACGGCGUACGACCCGGCUGGCAACAUCAUCGCAAAGCACCGCAAGGUCCACCUGUUCGACAUUGACAUCCCCGGGCGCCAGACGUUCAAGGAGUCCGACUCGCUCUCGGCCGGCAACGACCUGACCACGUUCGACACGCCGUUCGGCAAGAUUGGUGUCGGAAUCUGCUACGACAUUCGCUUCCCAGAGAUGGCCAUGAUCGCCGCCCGUGAAGGCGCCAUCGCCAUGAUCUACCCCGCCGCGUUCAACACGACGACCGGCCCAAUGCACUGGACCCACCUCCAGAAGGCCCGUGCCGUCGACAACCAGAUCUAUGUCGCCAUGGCCUCGCCCUCGCGCCACCCAGAGGCCGCGUACCAGGCUUACGGCCACUCUUCCGUCGUCGACCCCCUCGGCAACGUCAUUGACGAGGCCGACGAGCACGAGGCCAUCAUCUACGCCGACAUUGACCCCGAGUUGCUCGCGACGACGCGACGCAACCUGCCCGUCACGAUCCAGCGGCGGUUUGACGUGUACGCCGACGUGUCCAAGGCUGCCCCGCAGUAGAGAGCCGACUAGAGUGCCAUGUCUUAUCCACUAGUAUCUUGCUUGUAG